CCAGAUCCCUCGUCCGGCCAAGAAGCCAUUAAUUCCGGCGGUGGUGGUGGCGGCGGCAAAGAAACCUCCCCUGUCCCCGCUACCACCGCAGGAAAGAUCAGUCAUCGUUAUAAGCAGCGACGAGAAGAAGAAGACGACGAAGAACAACGCCGGAAGAAUGGGGUACACCUCCGUUCUCGCGGCUAGAAGCAGGGCGGCGCCGGCGGCCGGCGCCGCCGCCAAGAAGAGGCCGAACAAGAAGAAGAAUGAGAGGAAAAAUCAAGUAUUUGAGAUUGAUGAAGGCGACGUUGACAAUGAAUUGGCUGCCGUUGAAUAUGUUGAAGACAUCUACAAAUUCUACAAGCUAAAUGAGGUUUUUCUCUCUAACCUCUUGCUAAAUAAUUGCUUGAAACUCAGCAGUAUUUUUGUUUUUACUUUUUUGAAUUUAUUGUGAAGGAUGAAUGGAGAGUGAGGGAUUAUAUGAGAAGCCAACCGGAGAUCAAUUCAAAGAUGAGAUCAAUUCUUGUGGAUUGGCUGAUUGAUGUUCACAAGAAGUUCCAAUUGACGCCGGAGACUCUGUAUUUGACGGUGAAUCUCAUCGAUCGGUUCCUCGCCGUCAGAACUGUUCCCCGGAGGGAGCUCCAGCUCGUCGGAAUCGGAUCCAUGUUGAUCGCCUGCAAAUACGAGGAGAUCUGGGCGCCGGAGGUGGCCGAUUUCAUCGAGAUCUCGGAUCAGGCGUACGGCCGGGACCAGAUCCUCGCCAUGGAGAAGACGAUCCUAGGGUUUCUCGAGUGGUACUUGACCGUCCCGACGCCGUACGUUUUCCUCGCGAGGUAUAUCAAGGCGGCGGUUGCGGUGGCGGCGGCGGCGGAGGAGGAGGAGGGGAAGGAGGAGCUGGAGAACAUGAGCUUUUUCCUGUCGGAGCUAGGGUUGAUGGAUUACGCGACGGUGGUUGAUUUCAGGCCGUCGAUGCUGGCGGCGGCCGCCGUUUAUGCCGCGGGGUGGACGGUGAAAGUCGUCGAGGUUCGCCGGUGGGCUGCGACGCUCCGGCACCACACCGGCUAUUCGGAGGAGGAGGUUGCAGCUUGUGCCAGGAAGCUGGCGGGGCUCCACUCUGGAGUUGCGAAGAAUAAGUUGAAGGCGGCGUACAGGAAGUUCUCCGCCCCUGAUAGGGGCGCCGUCGCUCUCUUCCCGCCGGCGACUGCUCUGCUAUUGACCACCGCUGGAGCUCCGUCCUCUUGAAUCUCUAAUUCAAAUUUCUUCUUCUGAACAUGUGGUUCAUGUCUUUAUGGCCAAAAUACAAUUACAAGUAUAUCCCUUGUUUUUUUAGUUUAUAUAUAAGGGGUUGUUUGUUAUGAUUGGGAUGGAAUAUGUUAAAAAUCAAAUCAAGCAAUUUGAAGAAAUAUUUUAUCUGUCUCAAAAUAAAUAUCAGUGUUACUG